GGGGAAAAAGCAGUCAUUCGAUUCGCCGCCGCACCCAAACAGACACGGCCGGCUCGCCGCCGCCUCCCCCAGCACGCGCUCUUCUCGAGGCCUGCCGUUUCCUCUUUCCCCAGAGAGAGAGCCAGCACAGCACGCACGGAAAGAAAAGUGAGAGCGCGAGCACGCGAGGAAGAUGGGCGGCGGCGAGUGCAGGACCAACGACUACGGCGCCGCGGCCUACUGGGACGCCCGCUACUCCUCCUCCUCCUCCUCCUCCGGCGGAGGAGGAGGCGGCGUCGAGUUCUUCGAAUGGUACCAGACGUACGAGGCGCUACGGCCGCUGCUGCGCGCCCGCCUCCCAACCUCCUCCCGGGUCCUCAUGCUCGGGUGCGGCAACUCCCUUUUGUCAGAGGACAUGGUGAAGGAUGGCUACGAGGAGGUAGUAAACGUAGACAUUUCAUCUGUAGUCAUUGAACAGAUGAGGGAGAAACACGUGGAUAUUCCACAGCUUACAUAUUUCCAGAUGGAUGCUAGAGACAUGAGUUACUUUGGUGACGAAACAUUUGAUUGUGUCCUUGAUAAAGGUACAUUGGACGCCAUGAUGUGUGGUGAUGAUGCUCCUCUUGGCGCUUCCAAAAUGCUAGCAGAAGUGGCAAGGCUUCUUAGGCCUGGUGGGAUCUACAUGUUGAUAACGUAUGGUACUCCUAAGGAACGACUGCAGCUUUUGUAUCAAGCUGGAUUCCACAGGAAGAUUGAACUAUACAUUAUGCCCACACCUGGAUACCAAUCGAAAUGGAGCAAAAAUGCUUCACUUGCACAACCUAUCAUACAGGAAGUUUCACUGACAGAGGACGGUCAAUUACCACCUGACUGUGUUCUCAAAGAUCCAGAGUCGCAUUUUAUUUAUGUUUGCCAAAAGUCUGAUGCCGCUAAUGGCACUAAUUCUGUGGUUGCUAAUGAAGGGGAAACCACAGCUUCAAAAUGAUCUUCUGUAUCCUUAGUUUGCAUUUGUUUUGGGUUGCUGAUGAGCGAGCCCUCGUGUACCAAGUGCUCACAAACCGUGUCAGCUGUUACUAUUGUGUGAAAACCACGACCCUCCUUAGCCAUAUGGGCCCUGAGGGUUGCCAAUCUGUGCUCGAUAUUUGUUCACGGAACUUGGAAAGAUCUGACGCAGAAUUCAGAUGUAUUUUGAUAUGUUGUUGGAAGGGGGCAAACUCUGAAUUGUGUUAAAGUCCGUUUAAAAUGACCGAAUUCCUCUUUUUGCACGCAAGUCUGUACUAACUACUCCAUCCGUUCCAUAUUAUAAGACUUUUUAGAUUUGUCUAGAUUCGUGCA